CGAUACUUAUCGGCGCCAAACAUGCGACGUGCGAGUGCCUUUCGCUUCGCCCUUGCAGAGGCACGUUCACCGCAGAGACCCAUUGUUGCCAGAGCAACAGUCUCAGUGUAGCCUCUGAGAGCUUUGGCGACUCAUGCGCGCCACACAAUCAUGUGCACAAGAGAUUGUCUCCACGUCGCGAUGUCCACUCUCCUCUUGCCCCUGAUCGAGUUGUCCAGCAUCAUCCCCCGUGUCUUGCCUCCCUCGCCAAACGAUGAGAACCAAGUUCGUCACAAUGAUUGGGGUGCUUGCUCUCGUGUACUCUGUCGCCGCAGUCGCUGUGCAGAAAGCUCAAUACGCUGUCCAGCCCGUCCAGCUAUGUAGUCUCACUUUCGGUCUCAUCGGCGGCCGCGCGGACUCAUUUUUAUUCCAGCUCGAGCACUUUGGUCCUGAAGACUCGCCAUUCAGCGCCACGACGUUGACCAAGCGAUCGCUCGCCUGUCAGCCGGCAUCGCCGCAGUACACAAGAGGCGGCUCAGAUGCCACCGAGUGCCUGUAUUUUGUGAGCACGCCAGACGGUUCCAUCCAUUCCAAGAUCGACAUCGUCUUCCGCAUUGACGGCAAAUACCUGAAUUAUGAGCUUUUGCCUUCUUUGGCCGACGACAAAGGUCUCGCAUUUUGGAGCCUCAAAUGCGGUAGCCAUCUGAUUGAAGAGCGCAAGUCGUGAUCCUUUACGAUACGCGACGCGACACAAUGCAUUGUCAUCUGCCCUUCUAUAUCUGAUCUCGUUGCAGACGAUCAACUCACGCUGAGCACUGCUCCUGGGAGUACGGGCGAUACAUAUCAUCAGUAUAUAUACCACACUUGCGCACUAUCGACCGACUAGGGGCACACGACUUGAGCGUCCCUAUGCCUUACCACGUUCUGCUCAAGCUGUCUGUGCAUCGGCACGUUUUUAAGGACAGCGUAGUCGUCCGAUCGUUGCUCAGCAACUCAUUAUCGUUAUUGCCAUCGCGAGCCAGAAG